GUCCCAUGCCAGUGUCCCGUGCCAGUGUCCCGUGCCAGUGUCCCCAUGCCACUGUCCCCAUGCCAGUGUCCCCGUGUCCCCCCAGCCCACAUCGAGGUGAUUCCCUGCAAGAUCUGCGGGGACAAAUCCUCCGGGGUGCACUACGGGGUCAUCACCUGCGAGGGCUGCAAGGGCUUCUUCCGGCGCAGCGAGCGGCGCGGGCCGAGCCUGGCGUGUCACCGCGGGCAGCGCUGCGACAUCGACCGCGCCACCCGCACGCGCUGCCAGCACUGCCGCCUGCAGAAGUGCCUGCGCCUCGGAAUGUCCCGCGACGCCGUCAAGUUCGGCCGCAUGUCCAAGAAGCAGCGGGACCGGCUCCAGGCCGAGGUGCGGGAACAGCUGGAAAAGCGGGAGAAAAACCGGGAACAGCACCGGGAACAGCUGGAACAGCUGGAGCACCGGGAACAGCCGGAAAACCGGGAAAACCGGGGGAAAUGGGGAAAAUUGGAAAAGCGGGAGCAGGAACGGGCGGCCCCGGGGCCACCGCAGCCCCCCCCGGCGGGGCGCUGUCCCCCGUUGUCCCCCGCUGUCGCCGCGGGCUGUCCCAGCAGGGCGUGGCCCGCGGAGGAGGCGACAAGGAGGGGACAGGACGGGGACAGGGCGGGGACAGCGGGGACAGCGGCGACGGGGCCGAUCCCUCAGCCCGGUACCGGCGGCGUCCCGGAGUCACCCGCGGGCCUGGAGAUCGAGCUGCUGACACAGAGUGUCCUGCUGUCACACCGCGCCACGUGCCACCCCCGCGCCGAGGACCUCCAGGGCCACCGCUGGGUCACCUUCAGCCCCGAGGAGAUCCGCGCCUACCAGAGCCAGCCCACGGCGGAGAUGUGGCAGCGCUGUGCCCGCCGUGUCACCGAGGCCAUCGAGCGCGUGGUGGAGUUCGCCAAGCGCCUGCGCGGCUUCCUGCAGCUCAGCCAGCACGACCAGAUCGUCCUGCUCAAGGCGGGUGCCAUGGAGGUUGUCCUGCUCCGGAUGUGUCGCGCCUUGGACGCCGCCACCGGCACGGUCCUGUUCGAGGGCAAACUGGCGGGGCCCGAGCUCUUCCGCUCGCUGGGGUGUCCCGAGCUCGUCGCGUCCGUCUUUGACUUCGCGCGGGGGCUGAGCGCGCUGCGCUGCUCCGAGAGCGAGCUGGCGCUGCUGAGCGCGCUGCUGCUGCUCAACGCCGGUCAGCCCUGUCCCCGAGUGUCCCCGAGUGUCCCCAAGUGUCCCCAAGUGUCCCCCCGGCGUCCCCACCCUUUGUCCCGCUCCGUGUCCCCACCCCGUGUCCCUCCCCAAACCUCAAACGGGGUUUGUCCCUGAGCGCGGUGGGCGGCGGGGUGUCCCCAAGGUGUUCCCAGGGUGUCCCCGGGGUGUCCCCCACAGUGUCCCCAAGGUAUUCCCACGCUCGUGCCCCUGUCCCCACGCCGUGUCCCUGUCCCCACACCCUGU